GGAAUGAGGACCGUCUAGGUAGGAAUGGAUUUAGGCCAGGCCCCCCUUCCCCCAUAAUGUGCCCGUGUUUAGCAUCCCCCAACCCUUCCCAGCUAGCCCCUCAGGUAGAACAAAGGAAGGGGCUAGCCACGGCGGGAAAAAAGUGGGCGGGUUGGGGGAGGAAGCAGAGGAGGAGCGUGGGGCAGGUCAGUGUUUUAAGGUGAUGCUGUGGUGAUUUUUGCUCAUACUUACUUGUUUUUGUUUCCUGCAGGUCCUUCAUUGGUGGCAGCGGCGGCACCAGCAGCAGAAGCAGGAUUCAGCAGCAGCGGAAGAAGAUUCGUUGGCAGCAGUAGAAGAUUCGGGAGCCAUAGAUGGAAGGCGUCGGAGCAGAAGAAGAUGCACCUAGAAGGAAGAUUCUUCGGCCGAAGAGGUUCCGGGAGGACUGGGAGCAGGAAGAUGCAUCGUCGGAUGGGCUCAGGCAGAAGAGGAAGGUGAGGUUUUCGUUACAGGAGGAAUCCGGAAGACGUCCAGCGCGAAGGAGGAUCGGGGAAGUUGUGAGACGAGUCGGUGAAGUAUCGCGAGUUUUCGGCGGUGACGUCAUCGGAGGUAAGCAGGCCGGGUGCGCACCGAAGAGUCCGAUUCAUUCAGGUAAGGAGGGGGGAAGCGAGCGGAGGGAGGUAGUGGGCCUGGAUAUAUCCACUGCCACCAAUGUUUUAGAGGGACCGAGCCAUCGGAAGGUGGUGAGGGGCACGGGGAGGAAUCCUUCUAGGGGGCGGGGCCUGGGAAGGAGUCCCGGAAAUCUUUCUUCGGGUAGGGCCCGGCAAAGUGGAACGGCCAACGAUAGGGGUCCCGCUCCCACCAACGAUAGGGGUCCCGCUCCCACCAACGAUAGGGGUCCCGCUUCCACCAACGAUAAGGGCUCACCUAGCGGUUCUAGGGGGGGUCUCACUGCCUCCAACGCAAAUGGGGGGCGAAGGGGUCCCACUCCCUCCAAUGAUAGUGGUUCCUCCAGCGAAUUAGGGGGAGGCUCCUCGGCCUCAAAUUCAAGAGGGGGAUUUAGGCAGGCAGUUCUUGAGGGGGGGUGGGAGGAUGGGGACAGUAACAGUGGGGAAUCCGAAUCUGAUGGGGGAUGGGCCAUGGAGGAGGAAUCUGAAGACGGGGAGUGGGGAACAGAGUCUGCCCCUCCCCCUGCGGGUAGGGGGUUGGGGCAAGGAAGAGCAAGGGGGGGUUGCAGGGUCAGGCUCAGGGGAAAUGGCCGUGUCAGAUAUAUUCAUGAUUCUCAGAGGCAAAGGUACAGUAGAGGUUUCCAAUAUCGGGACCAGGGGGAUUUUGAUGAUUAUGGUGGUGAUGAGGUUGAUGAUGAAUAUUUUGAUGAUGGCAUUUAUGAGGAUUAUGAUGAUUGCAGUUAUUAUGGCGUUCAGAAUCAUAGUCCUUGCCAAUAUGCAAGGAGGCCUAGGUGGGUGGAGCAGCGAGGAAAUAGGUACAGUGAUAAUAACUGUGGUCAAGGUUUCUUUUUCAGGAACAAAGAGGAGGAGGACAGUUGGAGACAGUGGAGAAAAGAGAGAAGGGAACAGCGGCGCGGUCAAGCUGGAAGUCUGAGGGAUCAGGCGUCUACUUCGGCAGUAAGUCUUUCUGUGAGGGAGGAAAGUCGCAUCUCGGCUACAUCGCCAGCAGUUCAUCAGGUUCAGAAGGAAGGUCGCAGCUCAUCUGGGAUGGUUGGUGCUUUGGCAGGAGGUGCGACAACUUGCAACAUUUUGAUAUUAGGCCAUUCAUUUAUUUUCUGGGCAAUGAAGCAUGCAGGGGUUGCAGGACAGCAGAUGGGUUUGCCGGAGGAACACAUGAAGAUCGCUUGGCUUGGUAAGAGAGGGAUGAGAUGGGAGCAGCUGAGAGGUAUGUCCUUGGGAGCAGCAGAAAGGAACCCUAUAGAUUUAUUAAUCAUACAUGCGGGGGGGAAUGACCUUACGUCACAUAGGACCCCAGCUCUUAUUGAAAACAUGAAGGCUGACUUAACAGAUAUUUUGAGCAAAGGGAGAAUCCGAUGUGUGGCAUGGUCAGAUAUGAUUCCUAGAAGCAAUUGGAGAGGCGCCUCUUCCCCAAAAGGUAUUGAGAAGGUCAGAAAGAAGGUUAACAGGGCCAUGCAUAAAUUCAUGUGUUCUUCCGGCGGGGGGGUGUAAUAAGGCAUGAAAAUAUAAAAUGUAGGCAAACAAGGUUGUACAGACAGGAGGGAGUUCAUUUAUCGGAAGAAGGUUUGCACUUGUUCAUUGGGAACAUUAAGGUGUUUAUUGAGGAAUGGUGGAGGUCACAGGUGGUGUAGUGGGGCCAUUGGAAAGGUUAGGUGUCACCCCUCCCCUUUUUCCAUUGGUUGGCAUCAGUGCGGCUCUAGGUCUACGAAGUGGUUAUAGUGCAGGCCUACCUUUGGUGAGUCACGAGUGUGCAUCAGACUGGGACUGCACGGUCUUCUCUGAUGCAUGCAAGUGACUGGGUUAGCGCCAUUAUGCACAACGAGGGAGCAGGGGGAUGGGCAAAAAGGCGGUCACUGAGUGCGCCCGGCCCCGUGAUCCCUGCUUCAGGUUUUUUGGAAACUUUUUGGGCAGGAGCCCACGUUUGGAGAAUGAGAGCCGCAACUGGGGUCAGGGUGUACCUAAACUUUGAUUUUAACUGUUAAAUAAAGCUUGUGACCUCCACAGAUUUUUGCCAUAACAUGUCUCUGUGUUUUUUAUUGAAUGUAAAGGUGCAGAUUGGGGGGAUAGGGGGUUCCUUGGCCUAUAGCACGGGGAAGCUGCUGCAUUACUCCGAAACAAUGCCUGGAGAUGGAGCUCCUGUUUGGAGAGAAAAUGAACUACUGCCCCCCAGACUUGCUGAGAUCUGAUCCUUCAUUGUUACAGGACCUUCCAGGACGUGGGGUUACAUAAUAUAAAAUAUCUAGAAAACCGCUGAAAAAACACAUGGUUACUGUUAACUGCAAAACUUCUGAGAAGGGCAAUUUGAAAACAUUUACUUUAACUUUGUUUUAGGGAUUAUAUCCCCUUUGUUUGAAAAAUUCCUUUAAUGCCGCUAAUGAAUGGGGGAUACGUGCAUAAGUGGAUUGGCACUGAGAUUCCCUUGUGUUUGCUUAUUAAAUCCAAUGCUGGAGCUGGUAGGAUGCAAGGGAAGCAAAGGCCUUGUAACAUCAAACACAUUCGCCAUUCAAAGCCUCUAAUUCAGAACAGGUUCCCAGAACAAAGCAAUAUUAUAUGAUAGAUCAUCGUGAAAUGAAUAGCAAAUGUGUAGGUAAAACAACGUUCUUGUUCCAGUAGGUCGGGUGUGUGACCUUAGUAAGCGGAUAAUUGUGUUUAUGGAGGGGGGAUACAUGCACCGCAAGUCAUAUAUAUAGGUCCUGUAAGAAAGAGAUCCUUUAUAGCAGUGAUCCCAAACCAGUGGCUUGUGAGCAAUAUGUUGCUCUCCGACCCCUGGAUAAUGCUCCCAGUGGCCUGAAGACAGGUUAUUCUUUUUGGAUUUCUGACUUAGGGCUCU